AUGGGAGGCAACAAGCACCACAUUCCGGAUACCGACCACAUGGAAAUCCAUUGGAAGCUCACAGAGCUGUGGUCAAGAAUACACGACCUGUGUGAUUUGAAGCAGUGCGACCCGUCGAUCCAAUUCCAGCUGAAAUCCGUAUGCCAAUCACUGCUGAAUCAAUCCCAGGAUGGAAACUCUCUGGAGAGAUUAGGACGAGUUAGCGAAGAAGCGGUAGCCACGGCAGAAGCGCUGUUGAUUUUGUCGGAUGAAAAGCUGUCGUCGUAUGUUUACAAGGAGGUUCCGACGCAUUGGAGACAGCUCUAUACGGACUCCAUCCUGCUUAAAGUAAGCACAAUCUUCGCGCAUCGAGGCUCAGGAAAUGGCAACGAUGCAAUCGAUUGGAUGGAGAUGAUCAGACUGUUGGACAUGGCCUUGAUCAUUUCUGGCGCGCCCGGAAGAGGUCGUCGUGCCGCCAUCUUCUUCCUGAUCGGAUCGAUCCAAACAGAUUGUAUCAAACCAUCUGGAGACCCUCAAGAAGCGGACGUGCGGCCCGAAAAAAGGCGAAAAACCUCCGAAGGGUCGAAUCCAGUCUCUACACCGAUCGUGAUCAAUCCCAUGCCCACAUUUAUCAUCGCUCCAAGCACUGAAGCCUUCGUUAAAUCUACUCACAACUCCCCAUUCGUGAUCAAAGGAUACUGCAAAGACUGGAAGGCAUUGUCGACUAACCGCUGGCAAAGUAUUGACUACUUGAAAGCCGUCGCUGGUCCCGGCAGAGUGGUUCCAGUGGAAGUGGGGAAGACGUACGCCGAGGAAGAUUGGAGUCAGACAAUCAUGUCAUGGGGGGAUUUCUUGAAUCAAUUGAAUGACUGCGAUCCCGAUCGAUUGGUCUACCUCGCACAAUAUAACGUGUUCAAUCAGUUCCCCCAGUUGAAAGACGAUAUCGAACUUCCUGAAUACGUAUACUGUGAUCUGCCACCGCACGAUCGGCCGAGACCCGAUGUAGAGGAUGGAGUGAUUUUGAAUGUCUGGUUGGGCCCAGCUGGGACUGUCAGCCCGGCGCAUGUUGAUCCUUACUACAACUGCUAUGCUCAAAUUGCCGGCCGCAAGUACGUCUGGGUAGCCGAUCGCAAGUUCACGACUGAGAUGUACCCCUAUGGUACUCCUACUGGCGACCAAGAUUCCGACCACCUGGAAGAAGCUCAAGAUAGAGACACCCUUCAAGCAAACUAUAUGACAAACACUUCCCAAGUCGAUGUGUUUGGCUCGGUUGAGAAAGAUCGUCUGGGAGAAUUCCGGCACCGCUUUCCACACUUCGUGGAUAAGGUCAUGCCCGAGGCCCUCCAAAUUAUUCUCGACGAAGGGGAUAUGCUAGUGAUGCCACCCGGAUGGUGGCAUAGUAUGAAAAGUCUAACGCCUUCUAUCAAUCUCUCGAUGUGGUUCUGA